CUGGUAGUGCUGCCACGCUUAUAGAUUAUGCAGUUUUUUGUUCUAUUGGUGGGAAGGAGUGUGAUUUGUCUCCUUGUGAUGUUUGUUUUCAAACUGCUUCUCUGAAAGCUCGUGGCAUGAUUGACUUGAAAAUUUGUAUUGAUUCUGUGUGUGCUGUUCAGAGAGUGAUUAUUGCUGAUCUUGGUGCCCCCUAUGGUUUGCUUGGUAUGGAUUAUUUUCAAGAGCAUGACUGCGUUUUGCAUAUGUCUGUAGGUCAAAUAGAGGUUGAUGGUAAAACUGUUUCCCUGACUAAGCCUGUUUCGUCUGUUCCUAGUUGUAGAAUUGUUGUAGAUAAAUGUGCGACUGUUCCCAGAGAGAGUGAGAUGGUGAUUGAUGGUCGUUUGAAUAGCCCAUGGAAACCCAAUAGUGACGUCAUAGCUGUGGCAGAGGCUGCGUGUGUGUUUGAGAGCGAGUAUGGUCAUCGAGGUUUCUUUUUAUUUCCCGGAGUGGUGGGCGCCCCAUGCUCUUUAGUGCCUCUCAUGGUGGUCAAUGUUAGCAAGGAAGCGGUAGAAAUACCUGCGGAUUUGCUUAUCGGUUUACUAUGCCCAAGAGAAGACCUGACUGUCUCUUCUCUGGAACAAGUGGUGCCUGGUGAUGUCAUGGACACCAGGGAACUACCUGAACAUUUAAAGAAGCUCGUCGACGAUCCAGAAGAUUUAACGGUUGAACAACGUCAAAGUGUUAACCAAUCAAAGUUCACAACUCCAUGAGUUGCGUACUGGUGGACAUUUGGGUAAAGAACGAACUUAUAAAAAAUUGAGGGAACGAUUUUAUUGGCCUAGAAUGCACAGUCAAGUAUCCUCUUGGUGUCGUUAUUGUAAAGCUUGCACUGCUACCAAAACCCCUCAUGGGAAACGACGUGCUGAAAUGUGUAAAAUGAUUUGUACUGAGCCACUUCUCAGAAUUAGUCUUGAUUUUGUGGGUCCUUU